UGGGAGCAGCCCUAGAAAAGGCAAAAAGACAAAAAACAAACAAACAGAAAAAAGAAGAGUAGAGGGUUGAUAGAGGAGUAGGUCGCCCCAAAAAGGAUAGCCAUCAUUAAGGUGCCGGGUGAUAUAUACUUAUUUGAUCCUGCAUACAGAAGGAGAUGAACCCCAGAGUCCUGAGGCAAAGGCUUGUUUGUAAUAGGUCAUUCCGUGUGGAUGCAUAAGGCAUCUGCCCUCACUACUGCUAGGUACCGUGUAGACAGUGUCGAGAUAGUUGAGAUCACGAAGGAGCCAGGAUUCUCAGAGGGGAAUUAAGACCCCUAUACAAGAAGAUGCUGGACAAGGUAGAAUGGAGUUAAGUGCCAGUCUCAAGAGGUUACUGGAGAGCGUAGGGAGGGGCCGCCAAUGGCUUUGGAGAUGGCCCUUGCAAGUUAGAGUGAAAGUUAGGUGGCUGUGGAGAAUAGUGCCACAUGGCAGUCUCGUUCUACCAGGACGUGGUGACUAAUCCCAAACACGAAAACUUGUUCAGCCUGUUCUUAAUCUGCGCGGGUAAAUAGUGAUAUCACAGUUGAACUCUUCCGUUCACUUGAUAGAAAUGUCUGUCCUAAGUUGAGCAGAUGAAUUAUUUGCAGCCCUGCACUGAUGAAUGUGUUCUUCGGAGGCCCGUCAAAAGGUGAUGAAAUUUCACAACUCUGAAAGCACCCAAACUCAGUUUGCUUUGUCUGAAUUUUGGGAGCUGCUAGAACUUCCUAGUGCAUUGGUGAUUUAAAAAAAAAAAAAAAAAAGCUCUCACUGUACCUAACCUUUGUGCUGAAUGUUUAGAUAUGAUAUGCUUAUAUGGCAUGAGGGAGGAAUUUCUUCAUUCUCAGUGAAAUGAGCAGCAUCAUUAGACGUUCCCAGGUUAACCAGCCUUUCAUCCUGAAGGCUGUUCAGCUGACCCCUUUGUGCCAGAAACGCACCUCAGCUGGAGCGAGUUGGAGCUGGAGGUGCUGGAGGAAAGGAGUGCUGACACAGAAUUGUGGGAGGCGCUUCAGUGAAGAAAUGGACCAGAGUGUAUAAUCAUGGAAUCUCCUUGCUGACCAGCACCACCUGCUCUCCUUGAUAAGCGAGAGAGAGUGGGUCAGGGGAGGACAGGAGGUCAACAUGAAGCUCAAGCAGCGAGUCGUGCUGUUAGCCAUCCUCCUUGUCAUCUUUAUCUUCACCAAAGUUUUCCUGAUCGACAACUUAGAUACAUCAGCUGCCAACCGGGAGGACCAGAGGGCCUUUCACCGAAUGAUGGCUGGCUUGCGGGUGGAGCUGGUGCCCAAGCUGGACCACACCUUGCAGUCUCCCUGGGAGAUUGCAGCCCAGUGGGUGGUUCCCCGGGAAGUGUACCCCGAAGAGACACCGGAGCUGGGAGCAAUCAUGCAUGCCAUGGCCACCAAGAAAAUCAUUAAAGCCGAUGUGGGUUAUAAAGGGACACAACUGAAAGCCUUACUGAUACUUGAAGGAGGACAGAAAGUUGUCUUCAAACCUAAGCGGUAUAACCGAGACUAUGUGGUAGAAGGGGAACCAUAUGCUGGUUAUGACAGACACAAUGCAGAGGUCGCCGCCUUUCAUUUAGACAGGAUUCUGGGUUUCCGCCGAGCCCCCUUGGUGGUUGGCAGAUUUGUUAAUCUGCGAACAGAGAUCAAGCCUGUUGCCACGGAGCAGCUCUUGAGCACCUUCCUCACCGUAGGAAAUAAUACUUGUUUCUACGGGAAGUGUUACUAUUGCCGAGAAACAGAGCCAGCCUGUGCCGAUGGAGACACGAUGGAGGGGUCCGUCACACUGUGGCUCCCGGAUGUGUGGCCUUUACAGAAACACCGACACCCAUGGGGCAGGACUUACCGAGAGGGCAAACUGGCCAGGUGGGAGUAUGAUGAGAGCUACUGCGACGCGGUGAAGAAAACGUCCCCUUACGAUUCUGGCCCGCGCCUCUUGGACAUCAUUGACACGGCGGUCUUUGAUUACCUGAUUGGCAACGCCGACCGGCAUCACUACGAGAGUUUUCAAGACGAUGAAGGCGCGAGCAUGCUCAUCCUUCUCGAUAAUGCCAAAAGCUUUGGGAACCCCUCGCUGGAUGAGAGAAGCAUUCUUGCACCUCUGUACCAGUGCUGCAUCAUUCGGGUUUCUACCUGGAACAGACUGAACUCCCUGAAGAAUGGUGUGCUGAAGUCUGCCUUAAAAUCUGCCAUGGCCCACGACCCCAUCUCCCCAGUGCUCUCCGAUCCGCACCUGGACGCGUUGGACCAGCGGCUCCUGAGUGUCCUGGCCACCGUGAAGCAGUGCACUGACCAGUUUGGGAUGGACACGGUGCUGGUGGAGGACAGGAUGCCUCUCUCCCACUUGUGACUCUCCACACAAAAUAAGUGAGACUUCUUUUUACAAAGAUAGAGAAACAGCACAAUCAGUUCUCAGCGGCAUGAGAUGGAUUGGAAAUGGCCAGCAACACGUUCUGAUGAUAGGGGACAGGGUGGCCCUGGAUUUCUUUGGUGUUUUUCUAUAGCAGAAGCUAAAGCAAAGGCUGCAAGUUUCAGACUAUGGACCUGUACCUGCCGCGCCACCUUCCGACUUCUUCAGCGUUUGCCCGGUCUAGCGGUGGGCGGCACAGUUGCUCAGUCUUAAUUCUCAUGCCAAGGGACAGGUAGAGGUGUGAUGCUUGCACAGGUGAAUGCCCGGGCUGCCUCUGGGGUGUGUAUUUCGAGUUCAUCCUUAGAGUCCUCUCUCCACAUCUGGGGAUCUUCAGAGAACACUUUGUGAUCUCUUGAGUCCUUUUUUACCAGGACUCUAGUCCAACUGGGAAUCUUACUGCUUCCUGAGGACUGGCAGCGAAUAGCCCCCGGCAUCUGUGGAGCCAGAGUAGCAUGCUCUGUUGGAGGGACCCUGUUUUUCAGAUAGAAUUAGAGGGAAGGACAAAAGCAGGAAAGAGGUUCAGGCUUUCACUUGAGCAGGUGGUAAUGCUUUUGAUGAGUCUUGGAAGAGAGAAGAAAAGAGACCCACUUAGUAGAAUCAGGGGGGUGAUUAAAUUCAUGAAAAAACUGUUCCCCUGUAGUUAAGUUCUUAACAUAUGUAAAAGCAAGCAUGACUUACACCUAAGCAAGAUCUGCAUUCUCAAGGUUGUGUCCAAAUUAAUCCAAAAAAUCGUCCCUAGAGAACAUACAUUUACAACCCAAAGCAGGCAAGUCCUUUUCAAAUGAACAAGACAGAGUGAAGUAACACCUUGCAUAAGAGCUUGCCUGUGAUGUCUGCCACACGGUUUCUAAAAUGAAGUUCCUCUGCUGUCUUCAAGGCGUUCAGUCACUGAAGCUGCUAUUCCCAAGAGAUUGGCAGUCUUACUUGUGCCCUUCUUGUGAGAAAAGCCAGCUUGCUCCUAUAGAUACUAGUUCAUAUGCUGCUGGUGGCUGGACCUAUCUUGUGAUCUGGGCCAUUUGGAAGGCUGGAAACAAAGAUUUUUAAGCCUUCUGAGCCUUAAAAUCUAGGUGGUUAUGAGGAAGAGCCUUAAGAUUUUGAUUUAUGUCAAACCCCGAUUUUGUCACUUAAUCUUGUUUAUAGAGUUCUGAACCCAUGAUGUAGCUUUGUUCUUCCAUCUCCUGUUAGCACUUUCAAACUUCAAGUGGCUGAGACAGGUUGAGUUCUGCUGGCAAAGCGAUUUUGACCUGUAAGCAGUUGCACAAAAAUAUAGGGCAGAGGAGAGCAGGCCUGGUGGGCUCACUCGUGUGUCCUCAGAGCUGAGUGCUUCUCCCCUGCAUCUUAUCUGGCGCCUGUCCCAGUUUUGUUCUUCAGUCAAGCAGAGACUAGGACUUAAACAGUGUGGUGGAACCAAUUUACUGCCAGCCAUUCGAGACCCGUUUUAGGCAGCCACCCUUUCAAAAGGAGUUUAGAAUUUAUCCCCCAAUUUUCUCAAAUUGAAAGAUAACCGAGUCCUCUGUGUGAACUUUAAAGUACCAUGAAGCGGGGGUACUUGAUACUUUGUUCCUUUGGACAUGUACACAAAAUGGACUGGGGGAUUUUCAGAAAGGCACUGAAGAAGACACGUAUUAGCCUGAAACAGUGCAAUAGUGUUAAAAAGGAGACACUGAUUCCAGUUUUAAAGCCACUUACCGUGUGCAUCCAGGGAGAGUCACAUUUCAACUUGAGAAUACCUUGGCUGGUGCUCACCUCGCAGCGUCAGCGAGCCUGGAGGGACAGCGGGAAGGAAGUCGGCGCUGCUGUCCUUGGUGAAUGCUAGUUGACUGAAUUCUUUCAAUCACAUGGUCCCUUCAGUGUGUCCCAGGGAAAUGAGUAAGAGCUGUUCUCCAUCUGGGAGCUUGAUUCCGAAUGUUCUGCUAAGGAAAAAAGCAGGGGGGGAAGCUGCUUUGGAAAGGUCUCAUCCUUUUUUUCCCAAAACAUUGCAGAAAGUGGAUACCUUCAUUCUCUUUCCCUAGUUUAAAAUUCGUGAUCUUAAAAGGUGUUCGGCUCCGUAGUGAUUAAAGGGAGACUCAUGCUACUAGGGUGGUGUGACCUGAUGCUUAGAAUAUAAAAUUUAUGCUCUCAGUCAGGAUGGGAUUAAGCUGGAAAAGUACGUGUGGGCAGAUCUUGGAGAAAACCAACCGUAAGCUUAUCGCCCUAAAAUUCACAAACACUAAAUUCUGUUUCAAAAAAGAGGUAGUAGAUAUCUCUUUUAAAAGUUUUGUAACACUGUUCUCUUUGUGGUUUAUCUUUUAGAAUCGAGAACUAUUAUAAUCAAACAGGGCGCUGGAAGAGUUUUUGGUCAGUCCUAAGUUGGAUGUGCCUGGCUAACACCUAAAGGCAGACGUGGAUCCGUUUGAAUAUUAUAAGACUGGGAAAAUCAGAACCGACUGCCAUUCCCUGCCCUCCUUCUCCCACUUCUUAAAUAUAUUUAUCCCAGAAUCUGGGGAGUAUGUGUAUAGAGGUGGCAUUCUAAAAAUUGUUCUUUAAUACAAGGCUCUCCUAUGGGCUUGGUAAAUAAUUUCCUGUGCAGGACAGAUUAAUCGACAGGAUCUGAUUUACUGAGAAUAUUGCUCAGUAAUGUAUUAAUAAGGCAUUUCUCCCUAGGUGCACUCUGGAUUAAUGUGUCAAAUGAAGUUUAAUAAGGAAAUGGAAGGAUUCAAGUACAUCUAUCACAUACUAUUUUAGGAAAGAUGAAUCUCCUUUUUUUUUUUUUUUUUUUUUUGGUCUCUUGUCUUUUCUUAGGGCCACACCCUCAGCAUAUGGAGGUUCCCAGGCUAGGGGUCUAAUCGGAGCUGUAGCUGCCGGCCUAUGCCACAGCCACAGCAAUGCCAGAUUGGAGCCACGUCUGUGAUUUACACUGCAGCUCAUGGCAACACCAGAUCCUUAACCCACUGAGUGGGGCCAGGGAUUGAACCUGCAACCUCAUGGUUCCUGGUUGGAUUCAUUUCUGCUGCGCCACGACGGGAACUCCAGGAAAGAUGAAUCUUAUACAUGGCAAAAUUUCAGUGUCACCUGAAGGCAGGCAAUGUGUUCUAAGGAACUCCCAUCGUUUCUUGCCUUUUAUUAAAGGAAAAAAGGCUUUUGGCCUUCCUCUCCCAUCCCCCAUGGUCCUGCACCCUCCCUUCUCCACGGUCUCUGUAUUCCUGUUUGACCAGUACGUGACCACACCUCUGAAGAGCCUCUGUCGGUGCGCUGUCUUUGUAGGAGUCGUCUGGUGAGCUUGGGCUUCAGGAAACAUGAGUCAGGGUAUAUGUAUGUAUAUAGUCGGCUACGUGUUCUAGCAAGAAAAAAUGUAUUUAUUUUGACACAGGGAAACACUGACUUCUGUUGCUGAAGCACUCGAAGCUAGUACCAGGUUCUCUCUUUUGAGAGCGGACCUAAGCGACGCAGAGAUCAUCCGUUCCGCAGACCCCUCCCGCACUAGCCAGGGCCUGGGGCAGGGGGCGCCCCUGGCCGGCUUCGUGAGGCCAGCUGCCCUCCCUGCAGCUCCUCCAGUCUGGGGGGAAAGGCAGGGGCCGGGUACUAUACUGCGGCAGGUUUUUAAGGAACCUGAGAUAUUAACUCACAAAUACAAGAUGUUGGGGUUGGGGGGGAACUGGGAAUAACUUACUGGGAAGUUAAUUUAUUUGCUCACAAGGGAGGCGUGGGAACCGCUACCCUCUGUUUUGAUCUGCCAAGGACUUCCUCUCAGAGCUGUUGCACAAAUAGAGGCUGUGCUUGGUAAGACACCCAACGAGACAGAUAUGCACCCAAAUUUCUAAUGUGUUCUAUGGUUUCCAAUCUGAAAAGAGAAAAUGAAUAAAGA